AUCAUUUCCCAUUAAUUAAUUAACUAAUUGGCAUCCCCCACUUGGCGGUUGAAUUUGUUUCCUGCUAAGUCUUGUCUGGCUGCUUUUGUUUUGUAAACAUGACAGAAUUUUCACACACUAAUUAACAGCUAGCAACCAAAAAGUUGAUCAACCAACCAAGUGGCCUGAGGUUAACUUACUCCAUAUACAUAUAUUCUGAUUUUCGAAUGAUCAAGUUUUUAAGUUAUAGAUGAAGCAUAACGUUUCUUUAGAGAAAAAGAGGAAGAGAACUUGUAUUAAACAACCGUUAUUCAAAGAUAAACAGAUUAUGUCAGAUAAGCCCCAGAAAUCUUCAGGAAAAGGAAAAAAAACAAGGGUGUGUGAUAUUUACAAUAAUGCUGAAGAUCAAUAUAUGUGCUUGGAGCGAGCAGCAAUGUUAUUGGAAAGUUUAGAUGCCAAGUUACCUACGUUUGCCAAAUGCAUGCUCCCUUCUAACGUUCUCUACAGCUUUUGGUUGAUUCUUCCGACGAAAUUCUGUGUUAUGCAUUUGCCAGACCGUGACGCAACAAUUACUCUAGUAGAUGAGUCUGGAAAGGAGUUCAAGACAAACUAUUUGAAUGUAAGGCGGGGUUUAAGUGGCGGAUGGAGGGGAUUUUCAGCCGCUCAAAAAUUGCAACAGGGUGAUAUUCUAUUUUUUCAUCUUGUUGGAAGCUGCAAACUACAGGUGCAUAUAGUAAGAAGAUAUGGCUUAGAAGCUGUAGAAGCCGCUGUUUGUCUAAUGGAAAUGCACCCUCGUGUUAAAAGAACAAGAUUGUUGACCUCAGACAAACCCCAGCAGGAAGAUAUUAGAAAAGUUAACAAAAUGAAGAGAAGUCCAAACAAGCAUAUAGCCAGACCACCAAAUAAAUGGCCCUCUCUCGUGGAAUAUACAGAAGACAGUGAAUGUAUGUCAACUCUUAUCUCGCCUUCAGAUGACCAUUGUGAUAAUAGUGGCACUGUAUUCAAAGCUGACGUGUUUGAAGGUUCUACCUCGAAAUCAAGCAAUGGGUCACUGCUUGAUGAGCAAGGCUGUUAUGCACUAAAUUUGGGUUAUCAAAACAAAAUCAACUUCGGGCCAACUACCCAAAGGAGAUAUACUCCUACGGUUGCAACCUAAACGAAAAGCUACAUAUGCGAAUCAAGUUUUGCAAGUUCAAAUAGGAAGGGUUGUAUCUUUUUAGAUCGAUAUUACAAGAAACAAAAGAAAUGCAUACAUAACUUUCUAGAUAUGAAAUAGAUUUCAAAGUAUAGCAGCCUUUACAUGCACGUUUCUCUAUGGACCGGGCUUAAUCUUGGCCUUAUAUAUGCUGUCAGCUGACUAAUGGGCUUAAUCUUGGCCUUAUAUAUUGCUAUCUAUUGACAAAUGGGCUCAAAGCCUCAAAUCCUUGAUGUUUUA